AUGGCUAGGAGCCGACCUCAGUGGCGUUCGUGCACUAACGUGUAUGAUGAUGAUGAGGAUGAUGAUGAGGAUGAGGAUGAGGAUGAGGAUGAGGAUGAGGAUGAGGAUGAGGAUGAGGAUGAGGAUGAGGAUGAGGAUGAGGAUGAGGAUGAGGAUGAGGAUGAGGAUGAGGAUGAGGAUGAGGAUGAGGAUGAGGAUGAGGAUGAGGAUGAGGAUGAGGAUGAGGAUGAGGAUGAGGAUGAGGAUGAGGAUGAGGAUGAGGAUGAGGAUGAGGAUGAGGAUGAGGAUGAGGAUGAGGAUGAGGAUGAGGAUGAGGAUGAGGAUGAGGAUGAGGAUGAGGAUGAGGAUGAGGAUGAGGAUGAGGAUGAGGAUGAGGAUGAGGAUGAGGAUGAGGAUGAGGAUGAGGAUGAGGAUGAGGAUGAGGAUGAGGAUGAGGAUGAGGAUGAGGAUGAGGAUGAGGAUGAGGAUGAUGAUGAUGAUGAUGAUGAUGAUGAUGAUGAUGAUGAUGAUGAUGAUGAUGAUGAUGAUGAUGAUGAUGAUGAUGAUGAUGAUGAUGAUGAUGAUGAUGAUGAUGAUGAUGAUGAUGAUGAUGAUGAUGAUGAUGAUGAUGAUGAUGAUGAUGAUGAUGAUGAUGAUGAUGAUGAUGAUGAUGAUGAUGAUGAUGAUGAUGAUGAUGAUGAUGAUGAUGAUGAUGAUGAUGAUGAUGAUGAUGAUGAUGAUGAUGAUGAUGAUGAUGAUGAUGAUGAUGAUGAUGAUGAUGAUGAUGAUGAUGAUGAUGAUGAUGAUGAUGAUGAUGAUGAUGAUGAUGAUGAUGAUGAUGAUGAUGAUGAUGAUGAUGAUGAUGAUGAUGAUGAUGAUGAUGAUGAUGAUGAUGAUGAUGAUGAUGAUGAUGAUGAUGAUGAUGAUGAUGAUGAUGAUGAUGAUGAUGAUGAUGAUGAUGAUGAUGAUGAUGAUGAUGAUGAUGAUGAUGAUGAUGAUGAUGAUGAUGAUGAUGAUGAUGAUGAUGAUGAUGAUGAUGAUGAUGAUGAUGAUGAUGAUGAUGAUGAUGAUGAUGAUGAUGAUGAUGAUGAUGAUGAUGAUGAUGAUGAUGAUGAUGAUGAUGAUGAUGAUGAUGAUGAUGAUGAUGAUGAUGAUGAUGAUGAUGAUGAUGAUGAUGAUGAUGAUGAUGAUGAUGAUGAUGAUGAUGAUGAUGAUGAUGAUGAUGAUGAUGAUGAUGAUGAUGAUGAUGAUGAUGAUGAUGAUGAUGAUGAUGAUGAUGAUGAUGAUGAUGAUGAUGAUGAUGAUGAUGAUGAUGAUGAUGAUGAUGAUGAUGAUGAUGAUGAUGAUGAUGAUGAUGAUGAUGAUGAUGAUGAUGAUGAUGAUGAUGAUGAUGAUGAUGAUGAUGAUGAUGAUGAUGAUGAUGAUGAUGAUGAUGAUGAUGAUGAUGAUGAUGAUGAUGAUGAUGAUGAUGAUGAUGAUGAUGAUGAUGAUGAUGAUGAUGAUGAUGAUGAUGAUGAUGAUGAUGAUGAUGAUGAUGAUGAUGAUGAUGAUGAUGAUGAUGAUGAUGAUGAUGAUGAUGAUGAUGAUGAUGAUGAUGAUGAUGAUGAUGAUGAUGAUGAUGAUGAUGAUGAUGAUGAUGAUGAUGAUGAUGAUGAUGAUGAUGAUGAUGAUGAUGAUGAUGAUGAUGAUGAUGAUGAUGAUGAUGAUGAUGAUGAUGAUGAUGAUGAUGAUGAUGAUGAUGAUGAUGAUGAUGAUGAUGAUGAUGAUGAUGAUGAUGGUUGGCGGCAUCCGGUUUCGGAUUUGCCUGUCACUGUGGCCAGACACAGGACGCCUGCGCCUACAGAGGGACCAUGGAUGGCUUGCGCUGCACCACCCACAGCUCCAUCCAAACACCCAUAUCCAGUGUAA